GCUAUUGUACAUCUCCAAAUCAUUAUAAUGCAAGUACAAUAGCAGUCGAUCUAACCUUUAUUUUGGGAUUGACAUUGUCGUACGUAGAAUUAAUGUCCUUUGAGGUAAAACUGGGAGACUCAAACGUGGGAUUAUUAAAAUAUAUAUAAUGACGUUAAAAAAGGAUUCGUUACAUCGAGAGAUUUGUGAAGAUAAUAACUCAUGUCAUAAUCACAUACCUGUCGUUACAGAUCCUGACGUCACGGUGCUGUACAAAUUAAACGAAAUAAAUUUACUUAAUGAUUCGGAAGAAAAAAAAUAUUAUGAUGAUAAUAGUUCAAAUUGUGGUGGAUGGACACCAUUAUUAAUUCUUGCUGGUAUAACGUGUUGUUUAGGUUCAGCUGUGCCAGCUGGAUAUAAUAUUGGUGUAAUGAAUAAUGCUGCAUUCAUAAUGCAAGAAUUUUGUAACCAAAGUAUAGAAGAGCGCUUUAAUAUUAAAAUUAGUUUAGAGGGAUUAAAUCUUCUUUGGUCAACUAUAGUAUCAAUUUUUCUUAUUGGAGGAGUUACGGGUUCCUUAACGUCAAGUCUACUGGCUGAUACAGUAGGACGUAAAAGUAGUUUAAGUAUUGGAAAUGUCUGUGGCAUCGUUGGAUCAGUUAUGUUUCUUUUAAUACCAAUUUUAAAUUCUAUUGAAUUAUUUCUACUUGGUAGAUUAUUUGUUGGACUCUCUGGUGGUCUUGCAACAAGUUUGCUACCAGUUUAUAUGACAGAAAUUGCUCCUAUUAGACUGCGCGGUGCUGUCGGUGUCUUAUGUCAAUUAGGUAUUACCUGUGGUGUACUAUUGGGGCAGGUUGCCGGACUCGAUUCUGUUUUAGGAACAAAAUAUUAUUGGAACUAUAUGCUAGCAGCUUUUGCUCCAUUAUGUACAAUGGGAUUAAUACUAACUUUCUUUUUACCAGAAAGUCCAAAGUAUUUAUUUGUUGUUAAGGAAGAUUCCGAAAGUGCAUUAGAAGCACUCAGUCGCUUUAGAAAUAUGGAUAGAAUGGAUUUGCACAAUGAAAUAGCUAAUUUAGAACAGGAAUUGGCUAGCAAAUCUGUUAAUAGUUCAUGGACAAUAAUUCGUGUACUUAAGGAGCCAACUUUAAGACUGCCAAUAUUACUUGUUUGUUUGUUACAAUUUGGUCAACAACUUAGUGGAAUAAAUGUUGUAUUUUAUUAUUCAGAUGUGAUUUUUAAAAAAGCAGAAUUAGCUAUUAAGACAAGACAAUAUGCUACUAUAGGCACUGGAUUAGUUAAUGUAGGAAUGGCUAUUUCAUCUGUUUAUUUGAUGUCACGUUUUCGAAGGAGAGCCUUACUAUUAACAAGUAUUUACACAACUAUAGGUUGUCUAAUUAUUUUAUGCGCUUCGAUUGCACUUAUUGAUCUACCCUUUAUGAAAUGGAUAUGUAUUAUUGCAGUUCUUGCAUAUGUGUUAUUUUAUGGUAUUGGACUAGGUCCUAUUCCUUAUUUUAUUGGGUCAGAAUUGUUUGAUGUUGGUCCGAAAUCAAAAGCAAUGUCUAUUGGAAGUGUGUGUAAUUGGGGUGGUAACUUCAUUGUUGGGAUGACUUUUACAUCGAUGCAGAAGGUUUUAAAUUCUUAUUCCUUCCUCAUUUUUGCAGCAUGCAUAUUAUUCCUUGCAUUGUUUUGUAGGAAGUAUUUACCAGAAACACGUGAUAAGACUACAAGUGAAAUAGCGGCGUUAAUUACUCAAGGACUGAAAUCAAGACCAAAUGAAGAGAAUUCUGACAUAAUUAUAACAUAAAUAAGAUAAAAAUAACUAGAAAUUUAAUCAGAUAAUGACUGUUAUCAUAUUAAAUAUUAAUUUAAAAUGUGAAAGUGAUAUGAUGAACAGUAUAAUGAAAAAGUAUUUAAGGAUUGUGCCUUUUUCUGGUAAUACGGGUUAAA